AUGGCUUCCGCCGAAUAUAUCGAGGGCAAAGCGGCGGUGGACGAGAAGAACGUGGAAUCUCCAACUGAGAUCGACCUGCCAAUUGUGAAGGAUUGGAGCGAUAAAGAGGCUGCUGCUGUACGGUGGAAGUAUGAAUACCCCUCCUCAACAGGACCCUUAGCCCACCAGCUCAACCCGCGCAUUCGCAGAAUUGACUUCAUCCUUCUUCCAAUUCUCGCCUUUGCAUUCUUCGCGUUGCAGCUCGAUCGCGGCAACAUUAGUGCAGUCUUGACCUCUACCAUCACGAAGGACCUGGCGAUCACUACCAACCAGGUCAAUAUUGGCACCCAGCUGCUCUCGGCUGGCAUUGUUCUUUCGGAGAUCCCGUCGAAUAUCAUACUCCAGCGCAUUGGGCCACGAGUAUGGCUGUCAGGCCAAUUGUUUGCCUGGGGGCUCGUCGCCACUUUCCAAGCAUUCGUCCAGUCAUACCCCGCAUAUCUGGUGACGCGCAUAUUGCUUGGUCUGUGUGAAGGAGGCUUCAUUCCUGGUGUGUGGAAAACUCUCUGA